AUGUCCCUUACCCCAAUACUUGUUUGCGAAAUAUUUGAUAUAUGGGGUAUCGAUUUUAUAGGUCCAUUUCCCUCCUCCUUUGGCCAUGUGUAUAUUCUUCUUGCUGUAGAUUACGUCUCCAAAUGGGUCGAAGUUAAGGCUACUCGGACUGAUAAUGCUAAGGUUGUGGUAGAUUUUGUCAAAUCUAACAUUUUUGACAGGUUUGGUACACUAAGAGCAAUUAUUAGUGAUCGUGGGAAGCAUUUUUGUAAUCGCGUAGUGGAGGCAUUGAUGAAGAUGUAUGGUGUCACCCAUCGUAUUUCUACUUCAUAUCAUCCGCAAACCAGUACACAGGCUGAGAUUUCCAAUAAAGAAAUCAAAUCCAUACUUGAAAAGACAGUGAAUCCAAAUAGGAAAGAUUGGAGUCUGCGCCUCGACGAUGCACUAUGGGCUUAUCGAACAGCUUACAAAACUCCUAUAGUAUUGGAAAUUCUAAGUCCAAAGACCAACAAGGUUUUCAAGGUCAAUGGUCAUCGUCUUAAACCUUUUUAUGAAGGAUUUCAGGCAUAUACCAUCGAGGAGUUGGCUCUCGAAGAGCCUACUUAUUCUGAUUGA